AUGCAUAACUUACCUGGCCCCAGUCGUAAGGUGGUGCGCACGAGGAGCGUGGAGUUCAUGCCUUUCUUCCUCUCCCUCUCCCUCACCGUCAGCGCCGUCAUCUGGUUCCUCUACGGCCUGUUCAUCAGGGACAAAUACGUCGCCCUUCCUAAUGUCAUCGGCUUCACCUUCGGUGUCAUCCAGAUGGGCCUGUACGCUCUCUAUUGCAACGCGACGCCCAGGUUACCAGCCAAGGAUGUUGAGGAUAAUGAUGCGGUGGACGAUGCCGUCAAGGUGCCCGAGCACGUCGUGACCAUCACUAAGCUUGGAGCGCCGGCCGUGGAGAUGAAGACCUGCGAGGUGCACCCCGUGGAGUCUCCGCCGACAGAGGGGGCGGCGAAUCAGGAGGACGACGAGCCGUCGGUGGAGGAGCUGGAGAAGGCGGGGAACAAUGGAAGCAAUAACACCGAGCAAGUCUAG